GGCCGCGGCGCUGUUCCGCCCGAGGCGGGAAAGGGCGGGAAGGGAGCGGCCCUCAGCGGCGGAGCCCUCCCCUCCCCUGCUUUUCCUCCUGUUUCCCCCUUUUCUCUGCCUUUUCCCCCUUUUCUCUUUCUUUCCCCUCCUUUCCCCUCCUUUUCCCUCCCCUUUCCCCCCUUUUCUCCUUCUUUCCCCCCCCUUUCCCCUUCUUUUCCCUCCCCUUCUGCCCCUUUCCCCACUUUCUUCCCCCCCCUUUUCCCCUUUUUUUCACCCCUUUCCUUCUCUUUUUCACUCCUCUCCCCUCUUUCUCCCCCCACUUUUUAAAAGCCCUCUUUUCCCUUCCCUUCCCUCCCCCCCUUCCCCUUGUCUUUUCCCCUCAUUUCCCCCAUCCCUCCCUUUCCCAGGCUCAGGGAUCUCCGUGACCUCUCCCAGAGGGAGGAAUCCCGCGUGGGGCUGCGUGAAAAACACCGAUCACUUAGGCUGGGAGCCUGGCAUGGGGUCCAAGUGCCAGCACCGGGUGGAACCCUCGCCCUCCAGGCCUUGCGACCCGGCCCGGGAGAGCGCCCUGGUCCCGGAGCCGCGGGGGACGGCAGGAAUCCCACGGCCGCAGAGAUAAAAGCCCACCAAAAAUAGCAGGUGCUUGGUUGGUUUUGGUUUUGCGCUUGUUCAGGCUGCAGUGGUGACUUGGCAAACAAGCAAUGCACAGCCACAGAAGGUGAUGAAAGAGGCAAAAGAAAUGUUUAGACAAGAUCAAGGCAUUUGCUCCCCGGGGAGGAUCGCAGGUAACGCUGGAGCAGGACGAAGUGGAAAGGGAUCACUUGGCAGGUUUAUUCUCGGUGCCUGUUCUGCAGUGAAGUGCGUUCUUCCCAUGGUCCUACAUCAGCUGAUCACCCUAAGAGCACAGCCAAAGUUCCUGCUACAGCCGGGGCUGCAAGGCCGAGCUGUUCUGCCCGCCCCGGGCCCGAGCAGAGCCAGAGGAGGCAGAGCUGGGAUGCUGCCCACGCUGGGACGGGCGCUGCGCCGUGUGCGCUCUCCGCUGGCCGCCCGCUGCUGCGGCCAGCCCGGGCACCGCGAGCAGGACAGGGCUUCCCGGGAUCCCUCCCGGUCCCUGCCGCUGCUCCAGGCAUCCCGGGCACCGCGGGCAGGACAGGGCUUCCCGGGAUCCCUCCCGGUCCCUGCCGCUGCUCCAGGCAUCCCGGGCAGGACAGGGCUUCCCGGGAUCCCUCCCGGUCCCUGCCGCUGCUCCAGGCAUCCCGGGCAGGACAGGGCUUCCCGGGAUCCCUCCCGAUCCCUGCCGCUGCUCCGGGCACCCCGGGCAGGACAGGGCUUCCCGGGAUCCCUCCCGAUCCCUGCCGCUGCUCCGGGCACCCCGGGCAGGACGCGGCUUCCCGGGCUCCCUCCCGAUCCCUGCCGCUGCUCCAGGCACCCCGGGCACCCCGGGCAGGACAGGGCUUCCCGGGAUCCCUCCCGGGCUCCCUCCCGGGCUCCCUCCCGGUCCCUGCCGCUGCUCCAGGCACCCCGGGCAUCCCGGGCAGGAGAGGGCUUCCCGGGAUCCCUCCCGGGCUCCCUCCCGGUCCCCGCUGCUCGGCGGGCCCCGCCCGGUGGCUGCACUUGUGCCGGACACCCCAGCCAAGUGUCGCCGGAGCUGGCACUGCACCCAGGCCGAGCAGGAAGGUUAUUGUAGCGGAGAGAAACACUUUCUUCUGGUUACAGGGCUGGAAGGGGAGCGAUUAAAUUAGCCAGCAGUAAGUGCAGAAUUAGCACACGGCUGACUCCACACUCUGCUGGAUGAUGCUGGAGGUCUCGGAGGAAUAGCAGGACUGAGGAGGGGGGAAGGGAACCGGCCCCGGCUGUUUUCUCACCUUCCCUCUGCCGAAGGACAAUGUGUCCUGAAGUGCUUUGGAGCCAAACAGCAAAGCAAGAAAGUCGAGAUGUUGGGAGGAAUAACUUAAAUGCUCCCCAAUACAUUAAGUAAACAUCCCAAGGCAUCAAAUCUCAUGCUUCAGGAAGUGACCGAGCUAUCAGGUGCUAGGAGCUGGCAGAAGAUGUGCCCUGCUAAGUUACCCAGGAGUGGGCUCUCCCCAGGCACUCUGUGGUGCGAGGGUGCUGCAGGGAGGCUGUGGGAAUGCUGGGCUCAGCAAAGGAGCUCAGCCUCACGGGAAUUCCCCUUGGUGGUGUUUAAUCCACUGGGAGUACUGGAUAAACUGUCCCAAGGGAAGUAUGAAAGUAACCAGCUUGUCCUGGGUUUUCUCAUGGUGCCAUUCCAGUACCUUCUGUGUGCAGGUCAGGGUUAAAGAGGGUCUGGGAAGAGCAGACAUCCAUGGCCGUUGGGCAGUGGUGGGUAAUGAGCACCAGGGACUUUCUAAAAGGCUUCAGCUGGAUUUGGAAAUGAAAACCAUUAAAGUUGUAACCCUCUCUUUAGGGAGCUGAUUGAUAACAAACAGCAUUUCUGUAUCUGGUAGGAAAGGUGGAGAAUGGCAACAUCCCGUGUUUGUUGGCCAAUGUAGUGGCGAGCUGCUUAAGGCCUGAAAAUGGGGAUUGGGUUGAUUAGAUACAACCUGAACAUUUAUUCAAUUACUCCCAGCAAUGAAAAAGCCUUUUCAUUGGAAAUAGAGAUGACAGAGAGAAACUUGUGCAAACUUCUCAGGCUCCAUCCCAGCUCCCACUCUGUGGUCAUAUCAACAAAGACCAAAUAAUUUGCAUUUGAAAUUAUUAUACUAAACAUUAUUGAGGAAUAUGUGCAGUUUUUACAGAAGGCAGCAGAAUGAGCUCUAAUGCCUUUAUAAAUACCUUCAGUGGCCUGUUCCUGUGGGGAGAAAAUGGAGUUUUCUGUGGGAAUGUCAAAUCACAAUAUCUGGAUGUGUGUGUAGAAAGCCUCAUUUUUAAAGACAUGAGUAGAAAGUGUCCUUAAAAAUUCCUGUUGGUGUAAUCCUGGGCAGCGUGCACAGCGAGAUGAAAGCUGCAGAGCUGAGCUGGGUGGUUCACAAGCCACAAAGAGGCUCAGCAGCAUAAACAGUGUAAGAUGGAUGAGCUGCGUGGUUGGGGACGCCAGUGCAGCUCCCAGAUUGAAUCAGAGACUCUGGGAUUUCAAACUAAUGUGACUUUGUGCUGAGGGAGAGCGGAGUCUGUUUUGUUCUGCUGGUUCAUGCUCAUCCCUGGCUGUAAUGGUUCUUGCAUCUUCUAGGGGAAAACCCAAGAAUCUCAGAGGACACUGGUGCCCCAUAAUCCUGCCCCAAAAUGUGUCUCUUACUUUGCUCCGAUAGUAAAAGACUGACAGAAACCCUGGGGUACAAGGUCUAAUGUCCUUCUAAACUUAUUAGAGUUAAUUAGGAAAUCUUGUUGAUUUAACCUGGCUGUGUUGGUGUCUGCAGUGACUUCCUUUGGGAUACUCCAACAGGGUGUGUUACAGAAACAUGUUUUGGUUUGACCUGUUGAUUUGGGAUAUUGUUGAGUCUAU